AUGGUGGACAACGCCACAGCCAACACCAAUACUACCAACGUCUCUGUUCUCCUGUGUCCAGACUACCGACCCACUCACCGCCUGCAUACAGUGGCCUACAGCCUGGUGCUGGCUGCAGGGCUCCCCCUCAACGCGUUGGCCCUCUGGGUCUUCCUGCGUGCAUUGCGCGUGCACUCUGUGGUCAGUGUGUACAUGUGUAACCUGGCGGGCAGCGACCUGCUCUUCACCCUGUAGCUGCCUGUGCGCCUCUCUUACUACGUACUGCACCACUGGCCCUUCCCAGACCUUCUGUGCCAGAUAGCGGGUGCCAUCUUCCAGAUGAACAUGUACGGCAGCUGUAUUUUCCUCGCACUCAUCAACGUGGACCGCUACGCGGCCAUCGUACACCCGCUGCGGUUGCGCCACCUGCGGCGGCCCCACGUGGCCCGGCGCAUCUGCCUAGGCGUGUGGGCGCUCAUCCUGGUGUUUGCGGUGCCCGCCGCCUACGUGCACACGCCCUCUCGCUGCAGAUACCAGGAUGGAGAGGCACGCCUUUGCUUCGAGAGUUUCAGCGUCGAGCUGUGGAAGGGCCGGCUGCUGCCGCUUGUGCUCCUGGCUGAGGCGUUGGGCUUCCUGCUUCCCUUGAUGGCCAUGGUCUAUUCGUCGGUUCGGGUCUUCUGGACGCUGGCGCGACCCGAGGCCACACAGAGCCAUCGGCGGCGGAAGACUGUGCGCCUUUUAUUGGUCAACCUCGUCAUCUUCCUGCUGUGCUUCGUGCCCUACAACUCCACGUUGGCUGUCUAUGGGCUGCUUCGGGGCCAACUGGUGGUGGCGAGCGAGGCGGCCCGCUGCCGGUUGCGCCAGGUGCUGAUGGUCAUGGUACUGCUGGCUGGCGCCAACUGUGUACUGGAUCCACUGGUGUACUACUUCAGCGCCGAGGGUUUUCGCAACACCCUGCGCGGCCUGGGCACUCUGCGCCGGACUAGGACUUUGGCUGCCACUGGAGCUCAGGAGACGCUGGCUGAACAGCCCGCUGAGCCCACCCACACCAACAGACCAGAUGCCACCAGCCAGGCGCUGCUCAGGCCCUCCUACCCCCGGGCUCCCUUUACCCAGUGCCCCCAGGAUUCAGCCCUCUGA